AGCGGUACAUCUAGUAUGUUACGUAUCUAUAGCUGUAAAUCGAGAGUGUUGCUGUCCGUGCCACGCCUGUCGAAAUUGAUUUUAUUUUCAAAAUAAAGAACGGGGCAACGAAGUCAACUAAUCUUUUCUAGGUGCGAUACUGAAGACACGAUGAGUGUGGAAGUGGAGAGAAAAUUUGUGUGUGACCCAGACAUCAAGAACAAAUUAAGAGAUAUUGGAGCUGUAUGUGUUGGCCAGUGCCGAUUUCAAGAUCAGUAUUUUGACUCUCCAGACUUCAGUCUAACACUGAACGAUGUGUGGCUGCGUUGUCGCCAAGGAUGCUGGGAACUCAAAUGUCCUGCAGUGGAGAAGAUGCAAGGAUGGGAGGAGGAUCAGGCGGAAAGAUUGUGCACUAGAUACCGAGAGAUAACCAUUCUGCCUGAGAUUAUAGCAAAAGUGAGAGAGGUUAUGAAAGAGAAAUGUGAAGAACAAAAUGGGCUGAUCAAUCCAUUGGCUGAGAAAGAAUACAAAGAAAGCGACAUACAAGGUCCAAAAGAGGAAAAAGGAAGGCCAGAGACCAGCAGGGAAAUUGACCAGAAAAACCCAGUUACCAGUCUUGACGAAAAACCCUUAAACCCACGAGCCGAUGUUGAAAAGUGCAUGGCAGCAGGGAUUGAACAUUCCAACCAGUGCUGUGCAGAAAGUAGCAGUGACCUAUCCUGGUUGAGGGAAAUGAACCUGGCACCCUUUGCUAAGUUCACUACUGAGCGAUGCUCUUUCUCUCUUACUGAGGAGGGUGAAGAGGGUGGGAUUCAUGUGGAUCUUGACCAGGCUGACUUUGGGUAUUGUGUUGGAGAGAUAGAGGUUCUGGUCCCAGAUGGAAAAGAGGUCCAGUCUGCACUGCACAAAAUACAGAGGACUGCUGAAAGGCUGGGUCUGGCUGGCGAUCAGAGGGUGAAAGGAAAAAUGGAUGUUUAUUUGCAGAGGUAUUGCCCAGAGCACUAUUCAAAGUUGCUAAGGGCUCAUGUACUGUAAGAGACUAGAAUGUGUCAGCAUUUUAAUUCCCUAUACAAUAUAGAUUGAAAAAAGGAAAUUUAUUUAUUUCAAAUAGAUACUUAAAUUGGAUAUUUCUCUUCUUAAAACACCUAUUUAUUGUCAGUAAUAAUCCAUACAUCAUACUGUCAAAACAGUGUAAUUAUUAAGGAAUUAUUAUUAAUAAUUAUUAAGAAAAGUAUAUAUAUCAUAUCAGAUUAGCCAUGUAUAGUGACAUUACUCUGAUAGUGUUUUCUUUUCGUAAUCCUGUGCAAGGUUUUUCCUGCAUUGAAACGUCUUAGGCGGGCUGCCUAAGUGUUUUUUUCAAGCCAGCUAAGCCACCUACACUCUCAGAAAAAAAAGUGGUUAAAAAGGUACUAACACUUGCCGUUCGGGUGGUACCCUAUUAGAACAUAAAAUUGUUCCCAUAGCCAGUAAUGCAUAAUCAAUUUCUACCAUUUUUCCUUGUGAAAGGUACUCAUCAGUACCCAAAUAGAACAGUAUUGUACUUUCAGGGUACAUUUAGGAAAUUUGUUCCUUAAAUGACAAAAAUGUACCUCCCCUUUGCCUUUAUUUUGGUUAACAAUAAUAAACAUUAUGUACGAACAUUUCAUAAAUUGGGCCACAGGUAUGUCUCCACCCUGUGACCUGUACAGAUUUUAAACUUGUAUUUCAAUGGCUAUCUUCCAAGAGUCCCCAUAGGCACUUUAACUGCACAGUCAAGUGACUAAUCAUACAAUUGAGUUUCUAAUUGAGCCAUUUAUAUAAACGAUUAGUUGAUCUAAUAUGGGGAGAGUCAGGGUGUAAAGUGAACAUGGACCUUUAAAUGUCCUGAAAAGCAUGUCUUUGAGCCAGUGGUCUUCCCUCUUGGUCCUGGAGAGCUGCAGGGUCUGCUCACUUUUGUUGUUGCUCAGCACUUGAGCAGCACAGCAAUUGAUCAGUUAAAGUAGUUGAUUUGCACAUAGUUAAUUCGGGUUACCUGGUUUUUUGGGUCUGAAUCAGUCUCUGAUCUACAGGAAAAAACAAAAACCAGCAGACUAUGUGGCUCUCCAGGACCAGGAUUGAGUAUCACUGCAGUAAAAAGAAAAAUAAAUCCAUAUAAAGCAGGUUAUUGUUUUAACCCAGCUCCAAG